CGCGUGUGACGCCAUCGUGCCGCGCGGUGGCCGGGGCUCUCCAUGGCCGCGCCGGAGGCGGCCGCGCGGAAGCGGCGGCUGAAGGGGCACUUCGCGGCUCGGGCCAAGCGGCCCCGCGGCGGCGGGCGGCAGCUGGAGGCCGGCAUGCGCGGCAUCCUCAUCACCUGCAACAUGAACGAGCGCAAGUGCGUGGGGGAGGCCUACAGCCUGCUGGGCGAGUACGGGGACCUGCUCUACGGGCCCGAGCAGCUCUCGGAGCCCGCGGAGCGGCUGUCGGGGAGCGAGAGAGAGGAGGAGGAGAACGAGGACGACGACGCCGAGGCAGCGCUGAAGAAGGAGGUCGGCCAGAUCCGCGCCUCCACCGAGCGGCAGCUGCGGCGCUUCCAGUCGGUGGAGAGCGGCGCUAACAACGUCGUCUUCAUCCGCACCCGUGGCAUCGAACCUGAGAACCUGGUGCACCAUAUAUUAAAGGAUAUUCAUACCACUAAAAAGAAGAAAACCAGAGUCAUUCUGCGCAUGCUGCCCAUUUCUGGAACUUGCAAGGCUUUUCUGGAAGAUAUGAAAAAAUACACGGAAACGUUUUUUGAGCCUUGGUUUAAAGCCCCCAAUAAGAGUACUUUCCAGAUUGUUUACAAAGCUCGUAAUAACAGUCAUAUGAAUAGAGAAGAAGUAAUUAAGGAGCUGGCAGGAAUUGUGGGCAGCCUUAAUCCAGAAAACAAAGUUGAUCUCAAUAAUCCACAAUAUACAAUUGUGGUGGAAAUAAUAAAGAAUGUUUGUUGCUUGAGUGUGGUGAGAGACUAUGUUCUAUUCAGAAAAUACAAUCUACAGGAAGUGGUGAAGAGCAACAAAGAAGAUGCACAACAAAACCCAUCAAAUGUGACUGAAGAACAGAACUCAACAGCCGUAAAACCAGAAACCAUGGAAGAGAACUUGAAGGAAGUAAAACAAGAACAAGAGUGAUGGUGAGGUGGAAGCUGAACUCAAUGGGAACUAUAUGCAAACAGUGUAGAAAAUGUGGUAGAAAGGAAAGAUGAACACAAUAGAAACCUAUUAAAAAUAUUACCUGAGAAUUCGGAAAGGAUGUUUGAAGAAAGAGUGGGUUUUGUUUUGAAAUCUUGUUUUUAAAAUCCACGUGGAAGAAUUGUAAUGCUCGCUGCAGGUGGAGCUGACACUGCUGUGGAUGCCCAAGUGCUUCACCUCUAGUGAGGUUUGCUGCCAUCCUUCAGCAGCUUUGUUCAGUUGUCUUUAGCUAGCACCAAAGUGUGCUUACAUGCAUGCAUCUAUAAAGGCGGCCAGCCUGCCGUACACUGACCCUUCUGUCGUAUCUGAUGGCUGCAGAAAUCAAAAGGCGGGACAGGAUGAGCUCUAUCAGGAGGCGUCAUAAGUGAGAGAUCUGAACAAGACAGUUGCUUGGAGAGGGUUUUUAGGGAAGCAAUCUGACAACUUCUGGGGCUGCAGAACUCAGAUCUAUAUCUCUACAUGAACAACAACAUGAGCUCAGACUCCUGAAUUUUUCCUGUAUGAGGGAGGGUUAUAGAUACAUUAUCUCUAAAAAAAAAUACAAGUCUUGAAAGGGUAUUGGAGGGACUGCUCUGAUCAAAAUACUUGAAUUCUGUGAGAGAAUUCAGAGUAAUAGGUGGGACUGCUCUAGAACAGAAGUACAGUGCAGGCAUUGCAGAUGAUUUCAGGAAAAGCUGUGUGUGUGUACAUCAGCUGUGUAUGCAGCUGUUAUCAGCUUGCAGCAAAUGCUGCGUGCAGUCACUAAACAGAAUCCUUUCCAACAAUUUCUUGCAAAUAGGCUUUUGUUGAGCUCUUUUCAAAAACGUAAUCCUUGGAGGCGAAGUUAUAAGGUCUUUGUUUUUAUUUUUUCUUAAAUCUCGAAACUUGGAUUUAAAAACUGCUUGGAAAUUUCUUAUGCUUUUUUUUCUUAUUUCUUAUUCUCAGCUCUGUGCUAUGCCAUAUUGAAUAUGGGGAUAUAAGCUUAGCUUUUUGUACAGGUUUAGCCUCACAACAUUCGUUUUGUUUCAUAUUGAAAAUAAUGUCAGUGGGCUUUCUGUUGUCAGUUUGUUGCAGCAGCUCUUGAUAUCACCGUGACUUUAAAACAAACCAAGCCAAAAAGUGCAGCUACGACCUGCUUUCCGAGAGGGGCUGGAGCACUCUUCCUGCACAACUGCCUAGCAUCAGUGUUCCAUUUCUAGUGCAGACGCCUGUGGGUUGCUCAUGGGAAAAGCCUGUCCUGAAGAACACCGCUUAUUCCUUCCUUGAUGUAACAAAAAUGAUUUGUUCAUGUCUCUCAACAGUGUUUCCAUGUUCCUCUUCCCUCAAAACUGUUUUAGAAGGUGGGAACUUAGGAGGACAUUUUCUCUUGUCCGGUCUUCCUUACCACUCAAUUAUUAAAGAUAUGCUUUCUUACCUC